GGAACUAAGUUCGUGCUACAAACCAGUGGCGUGGGCCCCGGCCGUUGCUCUCUCUGUUCCCCGCCCACUCCCCUUCCUCCUCCGGGCCGAGAACCCUUUCCCGGGUCCCUCGAACCGUCCUCUUCAUGGCGCAUAUCACCAUCAACCAGUAUUUACAACAGGUGUAUGAAGCAAUUGAUACCAGGGAUGGAGUAUCCUGUGCAGAGUUGGUAUCUUUUAAGCAUCCUCAUGUUGCAAAUCCCCGGCUUCAGCUUCCCUCUCCAGAAGAGAAGUGUCAACAAGUGUUGGAACCACCAUAUGAUGAAAUGUUUGCAGCUCAUUUAAGGUGUACCUAUGCAGUGGGAAACCAUGAUUUCAUUGAAGCAUACAAAUGCCAGACUGUGAUAGUUCAAUCUUUCCUGCGAGCAUUUCAAGCCCACAAAGAAGAAAACUGGGCUUUGCCUAUUAUGUAUGCUGUAGCACUUGACCUUCGAGUUUUUGCUAAUAAUGCUGACCAGCAGUUGGUGAAGAAAGGGAGAAGUAAAGUUGGGGAUAUGUUGGAAAAAGCAGCUGAAUUACUGAUGAGCUGUUUUCGAGUCUGUGCCAGUGAUACCCGUGCUGGUAUAGAUGAUUCUAAGAAGUGGGGAAUGCUAUUUCUGGUCAAUCAACUAUUUAAAAUUUACUUUAAGAUCAACAAACUUCAUCUUUGUAAGCCCUUAAUUAGAGCAAUUGAUAGCUCAAAUCUGAAAGAUGACUACAGCACAGCACAGAGAGUUACAUACAAGUACUAUGUUGGUCGCAAGGCGAUGUUUGACAGUGAUUUUAAGCAAGCUGAAGAAUAUCUGUCCUUUGCCUUUGAGCACUGUCACCGUUCAAGUCAGAAAAAUAAAAGGAUGAUUCUGAUAUAUUUGCUGCCGGUAAAAAUGCUGUUGGGUCAUAUGCCAACAGUUGAGCUUUUGAAAAAGUAUCAUCUUAUGCAAUUUGCAGAAGUAACCAAAGCUGUGAGUGAAGGAAAUCUUCUGCUCCUGAAUGAAGCUCUAACAAAACAUGAAACCUUCUUUAUUCGCUGCGGUAUUUUCCUUAUUCUUGAGAAGCUGAAGAUCAUCACCUACAGAAAUCUCUUUAAGAAAGUAUAUUUAUUGCUCAAAACACAUCAGCUUUCUCUUGAUGCUUUUCUAGUUGCCUUAAAAUUCAUGCAAGUUGAAGACGUUGAUAUUGAUGAAGUUCAGUGCAUUUUAGCCAAUCUCAUAUACAUGGGUCACAUUAAAGGAUACAUAUCUCAUCAGCAUCAAAAGCUAGUGGUUAGCAAGCAAAACCCCUUUCCUCCACUUUCAACUGUGUGUUGAUUCUACAACACUAAGUCUAAACAAUUUUUGCAGAAAAUUAAACUUGCAAAACUUUUUUUUUAAUAAGUCAUGUAGUUGAAACUCAAAAGUAAUCCUGUUACAUUUGGAACUGGAAUCUUGGAAACUUCUCAUGGCUCCUUUCCCAGGGACACAGAGGCUAUGAACUUGGCAGAGCACCUAGAGGACAUGAAUUGCUCCUUUAUAAAAUACAGCUUCUGUUAACUUCAAUAUGAUCUGAAGUUUCUCUAUAGGAAAAAAGAAAACAUUCCUAGUCUACCAUGAAGCUUUUAUAAAACUUCUGAAAAGAUGUUGUUUUGAAUAUUUUUAAGGCAGCUACACAUUUUACUUUUCAUAGUGUUAUUCAUAAAAUGACCUUUGUACUUUUUCAUUACUGUUUUGAAAAAUAAACAUUCAGGAUAUAUGGAAAUGGUGUGUUCUUUAUCAUCUUUCAGAAUAUUAGGGUUUCAGUAUUCCAUUUGAAAAUCAUUUUGCCCAUAACAGCUUGGCAACCUUAGAUUCCUUUAAGAGGCAAAUUACAUUUGAUUUUGAAUGCUUCUUUUCCUUGUAUUUACUCAUUAUAGCCUACAUUUCCAGAUUUUACAGAAUAAGCACAUUUUUUUUUUCUGUGAAAAAUGCUUUGGAAAGUCAUUAUGGCUCAGACCCCCAAAUCAUUGCAAUUUUACAAGUUUGUUGCAAGAAAUUACCUAUAAAUAUCUAUCCUCUUUGUCCCAGGGAAAGAACCCUUCUGGAGUUCAGAAUCCUCACUUUCUGCCUGAAAUAGAGAGGUAGACCCCCUGGUCCAUGUUCUUCCUCAUUCUCAGGUUUACUUGAACUCUGGCAAAACUGUCUUCCUCACUCCUUCAAUCUUGUGAAUGCAGUGAGAAUGAUUGGAAGAGCUGUAAACUAGCUCUUUGCUUUUCCAUGACAUAGCCCCCAGUAGUCUUGGAAUUCCUAGCAACAGUCUGGUUUCAGACCUACUUGAACCAUAUCUCCAUUUCUCAGUGUGGCAGAGAUCCCCACAGAAGCAUUCAGAAGUUACUCAAAAAAGGAUAUCAUCUCACUGCAAGAGGUCUUCCUUGCUGUAUUUUCAUAAUGAAAUUUUUGUUCUACCAAAAUAAAUUUUCCAACAUCCACAAGUACCCUCAUUUGGAGAAGUUUGGUUUUAUGUACAUGUUAAACUC